AUGCCCAAGUUUGGGAUGACCGGUUGGUCGUGCUUUGAAGCUCCAGAUGUGUUUCUGGAGCAUGCAACUUUUCCUUAUCUCACUAGUGUUGAGUGGGAUGCUUUAAAUUGCCACGCGGUGAUAUCUGUAGAGGGAUUCGUUGUGUCGCUGAUAAAAUCAGCGACUCCUGAUGGACAACGUCUCGCCAUAAACGACUUCAUGACUCGCGAGCUCGCCGAACCCAAACGGCGAGGUUUAAUUCUCUCGUGGACUUCACGGAACAAUGCCGUGAAGACGGAGAACUCCGUCUACUCUGGCGAAGGCAAAGAACGCUUGUCGCUGUCGCGUUGGUUUCGAGAGGUUGACAUUGCUAUAGCCUCGAAACUUCUCGAGGCUCCUCAAGCGAAGGUCAAUUUCCUCCUUUCCCGUCUCACUGGGAAAGCCAAGGAGUGGGCUUUGGGUAAACUCGAUGUGGACGAGUAUGCGUUCUCCACUCUGGAAGCUAUCCAGAGUGACCUUCGACUCGCCUUCGAGCCGCCACAAGAAGAGAAGAUGAUGCGUUUAACAUUCCUGUCGUUGAGACAAUGCAUGAUGGCCAUGCGCGACUACGUGCAGAUGGCUCGACAUCUGGCGUCGUACAUUGUCACGCAUCCUAUGGGAAUACACACACAAGUUAACGUCUUUGUCGAUGGCGUGCGUGAAGGGCAGACUCGCCUAUCGCUGAAACGCGCGGAACCUGCUACGUUGACGGAGGCUUUCGCUAUCGCCCUCCAUGAGGACUUUAGAGUAACCAAAGCCUACACCAAGCCUUCAGUUGUUACCGCUGUCAGAUCAGCGGGCCCGGAACUCAUGGAUGUUAAUGUAAUUGAGUCGUUAGGUGGCCGACGACGUGCUACGUCCUGCAAGGGUGACGUCCGUAGCGGACGUCAGACGAUCUGCUUUCGAUGUCGAAAGACUGCCGCGCGCCAGCACCAAUGUUACAGGCGACCGACACUCAUGAGAAAGGUGCUCCGCCCACUCGUUCAAAAACCGGACGAUACCAGUAGGUGCAGGGCUCCCUACUAG